ACAAUCAAGCUUGCAGCCCAACUGAGUGCAUCUGUUUCAUUUCUCUGCAAAGAAAAAACCACCGCUAACGACUUUAACCAUGGCACGGAAAACAAAGUCAAAGACACAGAAAAAAGGCAAACCAGUGAAGAAAGCUCCCCCUCCUAAGCCAGUGGAUGAGUCAGAAGAAGAUUCUGAUGAGAGCUCAGAUGAAGAAGUACCAGUUAUAGUCACCAAGCCUGAGAAAGCAAAGGGUAAAAAGGGGAAGAAACCACCUCCUAAGGUUGUAGCCAAGGACAGUGAUGAUAGCAGUGAUGAAGAGAUGGAAACAAAUGUGGCACCAGUUGCUGACAGUGAUGAAUCUUCGGAAGAGGAGGUGAAACCGAAAUCAAAGCCAGCUAAGAAAGCCAGUAAAUCGAAGAAAGCUGCCCCUCCUCCGAAAGAGGAGUCGGAAAGCGAAGAUGAUUCCUCAGACGAGUCGGAAGAAGAGAAACCUAAACCCAAAACGCAGCCUAAAGCGGUUAAGAAAGCCAAAGAAACAAAAAAAGGUGCCACAAAAGAGUCCGAGAGUGAAGAUGACGAUUCCUCUGAAGAGGAGGAUCAGCCAAAAGGUAAAAUUGUCAAGGUUACCAAUAAGGCUGAAAGUGAUUCAGAAGAUUCAUCAUCGGAGAAUUCAGAGUCAGAUUCUGAUUCAGAGUCUGAAUCUGAGGAGGAAGUACCUUUAAAAGCAAAAGCUGCUGCAAAUAACACAAAUAAUGCUGCUGGAAGUGAAGAAUCCGAUUCAGACGAUGAAGACGAAUCAUCUGGGGAUGACAAAAAGAAAUCAAAGAAACGAAAACAGCAAGAGGAAGCUCCAGUUGCUGCCAAGAAAUCAAAAAGUGAUGAUGGUAAGAAAGGGAAAAAAGCCAAGAAGAGGAAACAAGAAACCGAAGCAGACACAAAACCGGCUAAACCCACUGGUGAAUUGAUCAGCGUCUUUGUCGGAAACCUUAGCCGAGAUACGACUGAAGAAGACCUUGCAGAACACUUUCGAUCGGGAGGAGUUGAAAUUGCCGGUGCCAGAGUAGUUUCAAACAGAAGAUUUGGUUACAUUGAUCUCCCUGAUGAAGACCAGUUUACCAAAGCGAUGCAGUUCAACCAGACCCACCUGGAUGGUAGUCAAAUUAGAUUGGAAAAGGCUGUAUCUAAAAAGGAUAGAGAUAAUAACGUUAAUCCUGAACGAGAGCAACGUGAUGCUAAAACUCUUUUCGUCAAAGGGCUUAAUUAUGAAACCACAGUUGAAACGCUAGAGGGUGCUUUCGAAGGCUGCACGUCUGCUAGAAUUGCAUCUGAUCCUGAUGGCAAUUCCAGAGGUUUUGGUUUUGUGGAGUUCAGUGAUGAGGCUUCAGUUGAUGCUGCCCUUAAAGAAAAUCAAGGAAUGGAACUUGAGGGAAGGGAACUGAUAUUAGAUUUCAUUGGAAAGAAAAGCCAGCGAAACCGUGGCGGCGGUGGUGGUGGUGACCGCCGUGGUGGUAGAGAUGGUGGUAGAGGAAGGAGAAGCUCAGGACCAUCAAAGACCAUAUUUGUAAAAGGUUUGAACUAUGACACUACUGUAGACACAUUAUUGGAUACACUAGGGGGUGUAGAUGCCAGAAUACCCACAGAUAGGGAGUCUGGUAGACCCAAAGGAAUUGGGUAUGUUGACUUUGAGAGCACGGAGGCUGCACAGAAAGCUUUGAAUUCUCAUCAAAAUGAAGAUAUUGAUGGUCGCUGUGUUAUUCUCGACUUUGCCGAAGAUAGGCGUUCAUUCAGUCCUGGUGGCGGUGGAGGCCGAGGAUUUGGCGGUGGUAGAGGUGGUGGCCGAGGAUUCGGCGGCGGCCGAGGAGGCGGUCGUGGAUUUGGCGGCGGCAGAGGAGGAGGUCGUGGAUUUGGCGGCAGAGGUGGCGGUGGUGGAUUUGGUCGUAAAAGGGAUGGCAUCCAAUCCUAUGAGGGUAAGAAGAUGAAGUUUGACGACUAGUUUCAGAACUGAUUUCUUAAACUGCUUUCCCUGACCGCUGCUAUCGUUACCAACCCAAAGUCCCACAGGAACAAACUGUUAACCGCUGUGUUGUAAAUCAUAGAGCUGUUCCUGGAUACCUACUGUGAGUUCCUCCUUCCUGUGCUAUCCAGCCUAAGACAUUCAUCGAUACUUUGGUGAAGAGUUCUCCCACUUAUGGUCGUACCAAUGGACUUAAUUUCAACUCGAUUAUGUUGAAAGAUGGAUUCUGCUUAGUGUGAAGUAAAACAUUCAAUCCUGUCAAGUACAUAUUCAAAUUAUGUAAAAUUGAAGACAAUUUAUUUUAUUUCUAAAUUGUAAACCUGUCUGAAUUUGGAAUGAAUUGUCAAGAUAAAUUAGUUUUUAUUAGUUUCAAGAAAAGUUUUAAAUACUGCUACAGAUCAUGAAAAGAAUUAAAAUUCAAUGUAUCAUUUUUUUUUUUUACAUGUGCAAGUUAUUUUUAAGUUUGCUUUCUGAUGACUAGGAAUUUAUUUUCAUUGCCCCUGGGUACUAUCUAGAUUAUAGAUUUUGAGUGACCACUUGGCUCCAUUCCUUUAAGAACGAGUUUCUUUAAUUAAUUACUGAUGUAAAUUAUAAAUAUCUUCUGUUUAUGGAUUUAUUAAAGACAUUACAUUAUA